AUGGAUGUGAAACUAUCGAGAAUUGAAGAAAUAGAAAAAGAUGUGUCGUGUAUGAAUCAACAACAAGCAGAAAUUGGCGAAUCUCUUGUUAUGAUAGACAAUGAAGUUUGGAAUCUUCGGGAAAGCAUUAAAAAAACCCAGAUGUGUCCACCACUGAAGCCAUUACCGCACGGCAAGUACAAAAUGAGGAUAGAAGCCAUGAUGCCGACAGACAAUUCGGAUCUUAAGUUCACAGAAUCCAUUCUAAAUUUAUUUGAUGUAUGCAUGGAAUUAUCCAAUCGGCUGUUUGAGGUCAUGGCGAGGGGUCUACAACUGGAGGAUCCAUUACUAUUUGUAAACGCUCAUAAAGGCAUCAAAGGACCAGACAAUACUACUACACUGAGAACUCUCUACUACCCACCAAUAUCACAGGAUAUUGAAUUGAAACCCAAUCAGAUACGAUGUGGAGAGCAUUCAGAUUAUGGAUCAAUGACAUUACUAUUCCAAGAUGACAUUGGAGGACUAGAGAUACAAUGUCUGGAUGGUAGUUUUAUUGACGCCACGCCCAUAGAUGGAAGUAUUAUUGUCAACAUAGGAGAUUUAAUGCAGCGAUGGACUUCUGAUAAACUCGUUUCCGCAGUACAUAAAGUUGGAAUACCAAAAAGCAUCAAAAAAAGAGAAUCCAGUCGUCAAUCGAUAGCAUUUUUCAACGUUCCUGAUAAUUUUUCUGUUGUCAUGUGUGUGGAUGGUAGUGAUAAAUACCCAGCAAUACGCCCUGACGAUUACCUUAAACACAAAUUUUACGAAACUUUUAAAAUAUAA